AGGCUUUGAUCCUCCACAGCUGCGGCUUCGACAGUAUCCCCUGCGACAUGGCAGCCUGGAUGGCGGCCACCGCAAUGCGGGAGCGCCACGGCAUGGCCUGCGCCGCCAUCCGAAAUGCCGUGAUGGACGCCGCGGGGGGCGCGAGUGGUGGCACCAUCUACAGCGGCCUGGGCAUGCUCACCCAGGAUGUGGAGAACAAAGCAGCGAUGAUGGAUCCUUACGGCAUGGACCCGCCGGAUGGCCAGCGGGGCCCGGACACCGCGGACGGGGGCACUACGGAUCUGCCGCGCUGGGACGAGCUGCAGGAGAAAUGGCUCAUGAUCUCCCCGCUGUCGAAUCCCAGUUGCAGAACUGUGCGCCGCAGCAACGCUUUGCUGGGCUACCCCUACGGCCAAGGCUUGAGCUAUGGGGAGGGCAUUGUGGUGCCGGGGCCCGUCAGCGGUUGGCUUGGCACCAUGGCGCUGGGCUUCAUGGUGGGCUCUCUCUAUUUCCCGCCCACGCGCUGGGCGCUGAAGCGCUGGGUGCUGCCUGAGCCGGGGCAGGGGCCCUCCAGGAAGGCGAUGGAGGAGGGGCGCUUCACCGUGCGGGCGGUGGCACUGGGCGAAAAAGCAAAGAGCGACGGCCAGAUUCCCAAGGUGGUAGCCAAGGUUGAUAGCGUCAAUGCGGGGGACCCUGGGUACAAGGCCACAGCCCUGAUGUCCGUGGAGACCGCCCUGUGCUGCGCGCUGGAGCGGGGCCGUUGCGCGGAGGGGGGGGUGAUGACCCCCGCAGCCGGCCUGGGGCAGGUGCUGGUGGACCGCCUGAACGCGGCAGGCAUGAAGCUGGAAGUGGAGCCCUGAGAGUCUCAACCAAGAAGCCCCCCAAACAGAGCCAACUACGGCAAGCGUACAGGCCUGGCCAAGCUAGGGUUUAGCCCAGCGGCCUUUAGGCUUUGCUUAGCGGCGUUUGUGGUUUUUGCUCAGCGGGCUGCGGCGAAGCCGCUUGGGUUCGCAGCCCGGCUGAAGUUCACGCUCGCUGCACCCCAGGAACUUGCUUGUUGUUUGUGGAUUGGUGUGGA